CGUGGGGCAGCCAUCUGUACGCGAAGCUGCACCGUGCGCUUCUCGCGGGGGGAAUUCAACCCUUCGGCGUUCUCCCGUGGUGCUUCACAGAUCCGCGCAACUGCCGCGCCGACAUCCGCUUCCCGGACCCGUUCGCGCCCGACCCAAGUAUCUGGGGCGGGCUGCCGUGGACUACGAAGGAGGGACUGAGUGGGCGUGAGGUGCUGGAGGACAAGAUCAGGAGCGUGUUCGCGAUCCACCUCCAUAAUCAGUGGGAGAAGAGUUUCGCGCCUGGGGGAUACAUCGAGCGGCUGCUCGAGUCGUGUCGUGAGCGUUUGCGGGCCCAGAUUAGAGCAUAGACUGUACAUUACAUGUAAGCAUAGGCUGGUGAGGUGAACGAUGUGGAUGGGAGGUGCCAUUCCGCUGAACGAAAGUCGGUGGCCAAGCGGGGCUCCGACCAUAUUUUGGCCAACUCGGAAGUUCGUUCGACUCGCCACCAACACAUCCUCCAUCCACAGUAUCAUGAGCAUCCCCGCCUCGGUGCCACCCCCCGUCCCCCGCGGCUUCCAAGGCAAAGGCGGGCGCAGCAAGCGCGACGCCAACCUGCUGAAGUACGGCACGCCUUUGCCCAUCCUCCUCCCGUCGUCGCCCUUACACCCCGACACGACGUCGCGCGUCGGCCACAUCGUCGACCCGGCGCAGCAGAAAGAGCCGGCCGGCCCCAUCUUUGCGGGGCUCGGCGUGCGGCGGCGCGCCGUCGUGCCCGCCAUCGUGGGCGUGCUCGACGCCGACACGGGCAGCGUCUGGGUCGACGGCGAGGGCAUGGAAGUGCUCUUCAACCGCGGCUUUUUCGGCAAGGGCACGCUGAGCCGCAGCGAUCCGAGUUGGCGCAAGCGGCGCGUCGAACUAGUCCGGGGGGGAGACGCUGUUGUGGCCGAACAGAUCCGCGAGAAGCGCCGCCUCGAGCGGAAACAGUUCAAGAUCGACCGCGCGGCCGCGAUGCUCGACGCAGCGAAGAAGGCGGAGGCGGUGCUCACGACGGGCCAGCUGCCGGGCGCGGACGCCGGCGCGGGCGCCGAAGCAGCGGAGGACAGCGAGGACGACGACGACGACGACGGCGAAAAGGACCGCCCCGCCUCCCCCGCUGCAUCUGCCAUCUCCCUCGCGACGACCGCCAGCGUCUUGCCAGACGGCACCAAGCUGAACGCGCAGACGUUUCUCGUGCGCCCCCAACGCCCCGAGAGCGCAGGCAACAACCGCAACCGGGGCAAGUUUAAGCGUCGGCCGCCAGGCAAGCCCGCCGCCCCCGGCCCCGGCCCCGGCGCUGGCGGCGCCUCUGCUUCCCCUGCGGAGAAGGAGAAGCUUGAGCUCGAAGUAGCCGCUAAACCCACAGUCCCGACCGAAGCGUGGGAGGAGGACGCGGACGCGCUCGCCCUCGUCCCAGACCACGAGCAUCUGCAGCUGUGUCUCGAAGAAGCAUGGUUCCUCUCCGCCCUCGGCGUGCUCAGCAUCGAGUCAGAGUCGGGCACGCUAAUUCCCGCCUCGGCGGUCCUCACGCGCCUUUUGACCCCCCUCCCUCCCUCUCCGCUCUCCGACUCCCUCUCCUCGCCCUCCCCCGCUGCGCGCGCGCAGCACACCCCGCUGUAUCCCGACGACCCCUUCCUCGUCUCGUACGCCGCGUACCACCACUACCGCUCGCUCGGGUGGUGUGUGCGCCACGGCAUCAAGUUUGCCGUUGACUGGCUGCUGUACCGCCGCGGGCCCGUGUUCAGCCAUUCCGCGUUCAGUGUGCUUCUCGUGCCGGUGUAUAUGGACGAAGGGGAUCGCGCGGGGCCACAUGGCCAGACGGACUGGUACGCCGAGAAGACGAGUUGGAAGUGGAUCAACACCGUCAUGCGCGUCAACAGCUUGGUGCAGAAGACCGUCAUCCUCGCAUACGUGACUAUCCCGGCACUCAGCUCGUUCCCCGACUCCGCCCGUCUUCCAGGCGGCGGUCUCGACCCGCGCAAAUUCGACAUGCGCUCACUCAUGUCGCGCUACACCGUGCGCGAAGUCAGUCUUACGCGCUUCAGUGCGGCCCGGCGGCGCGACUAGUACAUAGUAGGCAUCUAUGCAUAACGCUGUGAUGACUGUAAUCGCCGAGCUCU